UAUGACAUCCAUGCGUCUUCUGAAUGGAAAUGACGUGUGGGGGCCUAAUUGCUUAAUUUAAAUUCUCACCUCGUCCAUGUUUGCUGUUAUAGCCUAAAUAAGGAUGUUACAGGGCACAUGCUGGGCCUUAAGAGCAUCUCUGACUGUCGUCAGUGACUGUCUGAUCAUAAAUGCGUAUGUGACGGUUUAAGGGUAGAACUACUGGUCCAUUUGAGAAGUUAUAUCUAAAGUUGGAUUAUGUCUUAAGUGCACUCAGGGACACACAAGAUGGUAGAAUUUAUUUUAGUGGGGAUUUGUUUUCAUAGCAUAAGGCACACAUUAUGAUGCCUCAGAUUGUCUUCUGGACUGUUACAGAGAACUGGGACGACUGACACAUGUGAAUAUAGGAUGGGUUGUGCGUGUAGUGAUCAGAAACAUGGCAAAGAUUCAAAAAACAAAGGAAAGGAACAUUCGGCAAACUCUAACACAUCUCAUUUCUCAAGAGAACACGGGAGGCACAAUAAUAAUCUAGAUGAAGACGUUUUUAUCGCUCAGUAUGAUUUUCAGCCUGCUAGUGAAAGAGAUCUUGAAUUCAAAAAAGGCGACAGACUCAAGAUUAUUAAGGCAUCUGGGGAAUGGUGGUUGGCAAAGUCUUUGGUAACAGGUUACGAGGGAUAUGUUCCAAGUACAUAUGUGGCAAAAGCAGAAACAUUAGAAGUGGAGAGAUGGUUUUUCAAGAGUUUGAGUCGCAAAGACACAGAGCGUCUUUUACUGGCCCCAGGAAACAAGAGUGGUUCAUUUCUUGUUCGAGAAAGUGAAACAACCCAAGGUGCUUUCUCUCUGUCCAUAAGAGAUUACUCUCUAGAGCAAGGUGAUGUGGUCAAGCACUAUAAGAUCCGUGCGCUUGAUAAUGGCGGUUACUACAUCUCUCCCUCGACGACCUUUCCUUCUCUACAGGAAUUGGUGACCUAUUACUCCAGAACAUCAGAUGGUUUGUGCCAGAAAUUAGGAAAUCCUUGUAAGACUGCUGCCCCUCAGACACCCUGGGCCCAAGAUGAGUGGGAGAUUCCCAGGGAGACGCUGAAGUUGGUGAAGAAACUUGGUGCUGGCCAGUUUGGAGAAGUGUGGAUGGGGUACUAUAAAAACAGACAAAAAGUAGCCAUUAAGACUAUGAAGGAGGGCAGUAUGGAGCCAGAGGCUUUUCUACAGGAGGCUAACCUCAUGAAGCAGCUACAACAUGACCGACUGGUCAAACUGCACGCUGUGGUCACCAAAGAGCCCAUCUUAAUCGUCACAGAAUACAUGAGCAAUGGAUGCUUGUUGGACUUCCUCAAAACAGAUGAUGGCCGCAAAUUAAAACUUCCCAAGCUGAUUGAUAUGUCUGCUCAAAUUGCAGAGGGCAUGGCUUACAUAGAGAAAAAGAACUACAUUCACAGAGACCUGCGCGCCGCUAAUAUUUUGGUGUCUGAGACUCUACAUUGCAAAAUAGCAGAUUUUGGCCUUGCCAGGAUAAUAGAGACCGAAUACACUGCACAAGAAGGUGCAAAAUUCCCUAUUAAGUGGACAGCCCCCGAGGCCAUCAAUUUUGGUACUUUUACUAUCAAAUCAGAUGUUUGGUCAUUUGGAAUUCUUCUAACAGAGAUUAUCACAUAUGGAAGAGUCCCAUAUCCAGGCAUGACGAAUCCGGAGGUGAUUCGUAACCUUGACAGGGACUACAGGAUGCCUUGUCCAGAUGGCUGCCCAGAGGAGCUCUAUGACAUCAUGUUGAAGUGCUGGAGUGAAAGACCAGAGAACAGACCCACCUUCGAAUCUCUGCAGGAUUUACUCAAUGACUUCUUCAUUGCCACAGAGGGCCAGUAUGAGAUGCACCCGUAGCACUCUCACUGAAGGAACUUUACUGUAAAUGACUGAAGGAGUACCUGUACUGUAUGCAGAAUUAAUAUGGAGUGGAAUGAUGGACUAACCCCCAUAUCAAAUGCUGAAUAAUGUACUACUAAAGCAAGCACACAAUGCCGUACUGUAUAUUAGUAAAUAUGUAUAUUUAAACUUUUUGUAAUGGUUCUCAUGGAUUUAUUUUUUUUAAAGAUGCUGUGCAAUUUUGGUAAAACAUUCUUCCUAUA